AUGGCCCGGACCCCGGCAGAUCUUGUCGUGCCCAUGCCGGCCCUGACUUGGCGACGCCGUCCCAGCGAGAAUGAGUGCAGCAACGCCAACGAACCACUAGCGCCCAUGUCCCUGAACCAUCUCAAGGCCAGCGAAAUCAUUCAGAGAGUCCAUGGCGAUGCAAACAACCUGCUUCGCAAUAUCCAGGGCUUGCUCCGAUAUAGCAGGGCACCCGCGCUUGAGGGCGGCCGCCUGGUGACUGGAGUCUUGCUCGGCAACCCAAAGCUGCUACACGCGCAGAAGAUUUCCCAGCACAUUACCGGAGACAUGGCGGAGUUGGUGGCCAUCUCUCAGAAGUCAAAGGAGACGACCUUGCGAAUGAGACGCCCCAGCCACUUGCGCAAGGUCCGCCGCAAACAAUAUGGGCAAGCCGAGCAUGCUGCUGCUGCCGGGAACCAUCACUCAAAUGCAUUACAGAACAUGUCCGAUCCCUCCGUCUGCCACAACUGCCACACCACCUGUACACCACAGUGGCGUAGCGGACCCGCGGGGCCGCGUACCCUCUGCAAUGUCUGCGGCCUGAUUUAUGCCAUGAGGCAGCGGAAGCAAGGGCUCAGGCAUAGCAACCGUGUCUCGGCGUCUUCUUCAAUGUCGUUUUCUUCUUGA